CUCGCCAGUUCGGCUAGCUCCGGGGCCCCCUUCCCCAGCUCCCGCUCGCGCCCCCCGGCCCGGGUUCCGGCACCCACCGGGCCUCCUGCCCUCUCCCGCCUCUCCGCCCACUCAGUUCGCGGGAAGGGAGGUCGCGGCAGCGGCCCGGUGGCAGCGGUGACCGUGGCGACAGCGGCGACAGUGGCGGCGGCGGUGGCGGCGGCGGCGGCGGCGGCGGCGGAGGCUGCGGCGGCCACCGUGGCGGAGGCGGUGGCGGAGGCCUCCGUGGCGGAGGCGGAAGCAGAGGUGGAGGCCGAGGUGGAGGCCGAGGCCUCGGGAGAGGAGGCAGAGGCGGAGGCCACCCUGAGGGAGGCGGCGGCCGCCCUGGCGCGCGAGGAGGCGGAGGCCGCCCGGGCGGCAGCGCUGGUGGCAGCGGCGGAGGCCAGCGCGGCCGCGGCCGCCGCCGCCGCAGCGGAGGCUGCGGCGCCCCCCUUGGGGGAGUUGGAUGCGGAUGAGGAGGUGGCGGCGGCGUUGGCCGCCGCGGAUGCAGAUGCGGAGGCGGGCGGGGGCUCGGAAGGGAGCCCAGAUUUUCCCAUGGCCUCGCUGUACGUGGGCGACCUGCACCCUGAGGUGACCGAGGCAAUGCUGUACGAGAAGUUCAGCCCAGCCGGGCCCAUCCUCUCCAUCCGCAUUUGCAGGGACAAGAUCACCCGCCGCUCGCUGGGCUACGCAUAUGUCAACUACCAGCAACCGGUGGACGCCAAGCGAGCCCUGGAGACCCUGAACUUUGAUGUCAUAAAGGGCAGGCCAGUGCGCAUCAUGUGGUCCCAGAGGGACCCCUCGCUCCGCAAGAGCGGGGUGGGCAACGUCUUCAUCAAGAACCUGGGCAAGACCAUCGACAACAAGGCGCUGUACAACAUCUUCUCGGCGUUCGGCAACAUCCUCUCCUGCAAAGUGGCCUGCGACGAAAAGGGGCCCAAGGGCUAUGGGUUCGUGCACUUCCAGAAGCAGGAGUCGGCCGAGCGGGCCAUCGAUGCGAUGAAUGGCAUGUUCCUGAACUACCGCAAAAUUUUCGUCGGGAGAUUCAAGUCGCAUAAAGAGAGAGAGGCCGAAAGGGGAGCCUGGGCCAGGCAGUCCACCAGUGCUGACGUCAAGGAUUUCGAGGAUGACACCGACGAGGAGGCCACCUUGCGAUGAAGACAUCCCAGGAGCGAGCCAGCAGAGCCAAAUCUUGGCUCCCACCCGGUUUACAAGCCCCCCACCCCAACCCACCAGCAGUGUAUUGUAUUGGGAGUGCAGGUCUCUCUCUCUUCCCACCACCUCCCUGUCCCCAUCCCCCUCCCCGCCUCUCCUCUCUCCCCCUCUCCCCACUUCCUAGCUUCUCCCUCCUCCUCUCCUUUUCUGCCCUCUCCUCCCCCACCCCCCACCCUGCCAAGGGCGUCCUGAACAACCCUACUAAUCUGUGCCAUUUGAUAAGUUAAAGGCUGCCUCUUCUUCCCGUGGUUUGGUUAGUAAAAGCAUUUUCUUUCUCUCUUUGUUUACUGCACAGGUGAUACAAUUUCAUGGUAGAACUGUCAGAAAGGAGAAGGAAAUCAGAUGAGAGAUGAGAGAAAAACCAAGAGAGUAAUUGCUCCCCAUGAUCCCACUACCCAGAGAGAACCACUUUUACCUUUUUGGUGUGCUGUUUUUCCAGGCUCUCUUAUCUCCCUCCCUCUCACCCUCACCCUACCUUCCCUCUCUACAUACUGUCGCAGAAUGGUUCAUGUAUGUGGUGUUUCUUAACCUGCUUUUUCAGCAACUAAAACCAAACAGAAAUCAACCCAUUGAACUCCUUUCCGUGUUAUUCAACAGGCUUAUGAAACAUCAUCAUCAGUGCCUGCAGAGUGCUCCUGUGUCUCCAUGGACCUUAACAUUUCUGUAGUCAUUCCCGCACUGUUGGACAUUCAGGUGGUGCCUAGUUCUUUCCCUGUGUUUUAAACCAACACUGCGCGCUCUGAUGAGUGAAUCCUUCCUUGUCAAGCCAAAUCUUUGCUAGCAUCCUGGAUGGUCUCCUUAACUGUGGACUCGCAGGAUCCACAUAUAGACAUUUCAGAGACUUUUCCUGUGUGUUACCAAAAGGCCCCCCCCUUCAUAAGCAUUGUGCCGAUUUGCACUCGUGCCAGCCAGCGCAGCUAGUAAAAAGAGUAUGCCCAUUUUCCUUGCAUAGUCUCCUGGUCACUGUAACUGGGGUGUGUGCGUGCGUGCGUGUUUGUGUGUGAGAGACUGUGUGUGCACACGUGCCCACGCACGUGCACAUUUGUGUGCGUGUCUCUUGUUCAGCUCCGAUGGGCUGCAAAUGGUAUUUCGCUGUCCUUGGUUGUUUUGCUGGAAUCGAACACUGUUAAUCACCCUUUCCCCCUGAGUCCACUUCCUGUCCUCUUCCCUGUUGUCAGAAAAAUAAUUCAGCUUCACUGCAGGAAAAACAAUCACAAAGCAGACAAAUUAGCAAGAAAAUUAAUGUCGUCGGUUAUCAAUCCAAAUGACUACCCAUGCUUCCUGAACCAUGUUCAUCUGUACCUACCCAGUAUUUUUCAUGUGAUAUAUAUAUGUGAAUUUAAUGUAUAUACUGUUUCAAUAUCUGCUUUUUCACACAUGAGAGUAUAAUAUAGAUUAUGGACAUAGAUGUAUAGAUAUUCUUGAAUUUCCUUCAUGUCAUUAAAUAUUCUUCU